ACGUCAUGUUCGCCGGGCCGGCGAAAGAAGAGGGCGCCAUGAUUGGUUGGCGCUGGGGCGGUGGAGGGGCCUGGCGAGUGUGGGUUUCAAGCUGGUGCUGGACUUUCCCCUUCCAUGUUUCGAGACAGUGGGGCGCUGCGCAGGGCGGGGAGUCGGCUUUAAGGAAACCUGGAUUUGGUUCUAAGGGCUGUACGGUUUAGAAGGGGUGACCGGAAGUGGCAUUGGGACUGACCGGAAGCGAGGCCUGGAGGGGAAAGGGAGAGCGGGUCCCGAGAGGGAGGGGGCUUCCAGCAGAAGGGGGCGGGGGAAAAGGUGCGAAAGCGGUGUGGGAGCCCCAGCCUGACUGCCAGUCGCUGCGGUUGGCCUGUCUGGAAACCAGUGAGCGACCACCGCGAGCUGAAAGAGGGGCAGCCCAAGGAGUGGGAGUGCGGGAGUCGAGGGCUGCCUCUGGGCAGUCUGGAAUAGUUGAGCAAAAGGGGCCUCGCGCUCCAGAGAGCUGGGCGGGAGGGUUUUUCGGAAGCGGGGGCAGAUAAGAGCGAGGAGCUAAGGGUACGGUAUAUUAGUUGUGCGAGUAGUGCCUCUUGGGCUUUGGGGUGGCUGGUGGGCACUGCUUGGGAGAUCUUGGUUUGGAGUUUUCUACAGUCUUCCCUUGUUGGGUAGAAUCACGCUCCUCGCCUUUGUACAAGCAACGGUGUCUCCUGGGGCAAGGAAGGAGCCAGGAUGGCCUGGGCUCUGAAGCUGCCUCUCGCGGAUGAAGUGAUUGAAUCCGGGCUGGUGCAGGACUUUGAUGCUAGUCUGUCCGGGAUCGGCCAGGAACUGGGUGCUGGUGCCUAUAGCAUGAGUGAUGUCCUUGCAUUGCCCAUUUUUAAACAAGAAGAGUCCAGUUUGCCUCCUGAUAACGAGAAUAAAAUCCUACCUUUUCAAUAUGUGCUUUGUGCUGCCACCUCUCCAGCAGUGAAGCUCCAUGAUGAAACACUGACAUAUCUCAAUCAAGGACAGUCUUAUGAAAUUCGAAUGCUAGACAAUAGGAAACUUGGAGAACUUCCAGAAAUUAAUGGCAAGUUGGUGAAGAGUAUAUUCCGUGUAGUGUUCCAUGACAGACGGCUACAAUACACUGAACAUCAGCAGCUAGAGGGCUGGAGGUGGAACCGACCUGGAGAUAGAAUUCUUGACAUAGAUAUCCCAAUGUCUGUGGGUAUAAUCGAUCCUAGGGCUAACCCAACUCAGCUAAAUACAGUGGAGUUCCUAUGGGACCCUGCAAAGAGGACAUCUGUGUUUAUUCAGGUGCAUUGUAUCAGCACAGAGUUCACUAUGAGGAAACAUGGUGGAGAAAAGGGAGUGCCAUUCCGAGUACAAAUUGACACCUUCAAGGAGAACGAGAAUGGGGAAUAUACUGAGCACUUACACUCAGCCAGCUGCCAGAUCAAAGUCUUCAAGCCCAAAGGUGCAGACAGAAAGCAAAAAACAGAUAGGGAGAAAAUGGAGAAACGAACACCUCACGAAAAGGAGAAAUAUCAACCUUCCUAUGAGACAACUAUACUCACAGAGUGUUCACCAUGGCCUGAGAUCACGUACGUCAAUAAUUCCCCAUCACCUGGCUUCAACAGUUCCCAUAGCAGUUUUUCUCUAGGGGAAGGAAAUGGUUCACCAAACCACCAGCCAGAGCCUCCCCCUCCAGUCACAGACAACCUCUUGCCAACAAGCACACCUCAGGAAGCUCAGCAGUGGUUGCAUCGAAACCGUUUUUCUACAUUCACAAGACUUUUUACAAAUUUCUCAGGGGCAGAUUUAUUGAAACUAACUAGAGAUGAUGUGAUCCAAAUCUGUGGCCCUGCAGAUGGAAUCAGACUUUUUAAUGCAUUAAAAGGCCGCAUGGUACGUCCAAGAUUGACCAUUUAUGUUUGUCAGGAAUCCUUGCAGUUGAGGGAGCAGCAGCAACAGCAGCAGAAGCAUGAGGAUGGAGACUCAAAUGGUACUUUCUUCGUGUACCAUGCCAUCUAUCUAGAAGAACUGACAGCUGUUGAACUGACAGAAAAAAUUGCUCAGCUGUUCAGCAUUUCCCCUCAGCAGAUCAGCCAGAUCUACAAACAGGGGCCAACAGGAAUCCAUGUUCUCAUCAGUGAUGAGAUGAUACAAAACUUUCAGGAAGAAGCUUGUUUUAUUCUGGACACAAUGAAAGCGGAAACCAACGAUAGCUAUCAUAUCAUACUGAAGUAGAACUGAGGCAUUCCACAUUCAGUGUCUGAUGCUUCCUUCACCUCUUGGAAACUCCCCUCUUGCAGAGGGACAUGAGUGGAGGUUUGAAGGUCUGCAGGAACCUGACCUAUCUGACUGUAUGUGGAGGAGUCUGGGCCAUGGAGGCAGAAUCCCAGCCCUCUGUGUUGGUCCAAGCUCUUGUGGCACAUACAGAUCACUGCUCAACAUGCAGUUCUGCAGCUACUUCUUAGUUACAAUUUAUGGACCCUGUUGUUAUUGAAUAUCAAUAGAAACUCCACAUUUAGAGUAUAUGUAUGGCAUAAUGAUGGUGGAAAUUGUGUGAUGUGUUAUGGAGAGAUGUUAAAUUUGUGAUAUGAGCCAUGUAAUCUUUUUCUAAUGUAAAGAUGAACAUCUAUAUUC